UUCUGCUCAUUUUCUCAUCGAUGAAACACUUGAUCUCCGUAAUUUUCUGUUCCCAAUACUAACAUCUGUUACGGACAGAGUGGACUAAGUUGUGUUGUUUAGAAGGAGUGGAAGGGUGAAUUUAGUUAUUUUUACACGCUCAAUUCAAAGUAGGCGGUCCCUGACGGAAAUAUGCAAAUACGUGCUAGAACGCGCUGAUUGGCUCUCGCUAGCUCGUCCUUCCUCUGCCCACUCGGAUUAAUUAGCUCUCAUUGGAAACGAUAGGCUGUGGUCUUUCUUGGGUUAGUUAUAUUUAAAAAACUUUGGUAUACAGUUUGGAGAAAAGAUUGGGGGCAUUUUAGCGAACACUUUGCCUAACCUUAAUCAAAUAAUGUCCUGAUGUUCUGUUACGUUAAUUAUCCAAAUAUUCUGCGUACUUUCUAACUUGCUACGAAAAGUUAAUUUGGACAAAAACAGUAUCCCUUCUAGCCAAAUCCUUGCCUUCCCGCGUCUGGGACAACGACUCAUUGUUAAACGGGGACACGGCCGUCUCAGUAUUUCUGACGACUAGCUUCCCGUUGCUGGCAGUAUAUAGUUAGCUUGGUUAUUAUUCUAUGCUAAUGAGUCUGAAGGCAACAUGGCUACAUCUUACAACACGUAUCAGUCAGAAACAACAUCGAUUAUGGCCGUUGUUGUCGAGGCGGCAAUUACAGAAAUUAACAAACUUUGGCCAAACUCUUACGCUAACGUUAGCAAUCCGGAGAGAGAGCUUUGCGCAAUUAUGAAUCUGAUGAUGGAGGAGGCUAUUCGUAAAAUCUGCCAACUAUUCCUAGUGGCUUCCUCGAGUUUACAAAAUGAGAACGUGAAACUGAAGACCAAGGUCGAGCAGAUGACCCAGUUGUUUGAAAACAAUACACAGCCUGGUAAAAGUCCUGCAAAGGUUUGCUGUAAAUCCGCAGAGAUGUCUUCAUUGGGAAAUGACUCCUCUCUGGGAGACACAGAUGGACUGAAUACAGACCUCUCCCCAAUAGACACUGAAUCCAACGUUAAGCAUAUGAGAGCUGCUCUGCCAGGGAGCAACGAGAAAGACGGCCAUGAAAGCCAGAAAAAUAGCAAUACUACUAAAGGGACACGAUCCAAAGAAACCAAACGCUUCAAGUGUGAUAUUUGUGAGAAGACCUUUAGCCGGAACAAACGACUGAUACAACACAAGCUAACUCACACAAGACCCUUCAAGUGUGAUGUGUGUGACAAGACCUUCAGCAUGGAAGGGUCACUGGAAUCUCACACGCUAACUCACACAAAACCAUUCAAGUGUGAUGUUUGUGACAAGACCUUCAGCCGGAACCGCUUGCUGGUACGUCACAAGCUAAUUCACACAGGAGAGAGGCCAUUCGCUUGUGGUCAAUGUGGCAAAACAUUCAGAAUGUCCAAGCAGCUCGAACAUCACAUGUUGCGUCACAGAGAAAAAACGUUCAGUUGCAAAAUCUGUGGAAAUACAUUCUCUACCAAGAAAGAUCUGAAACGACAUCAGCUUGUUCAUGCAGUGGAGAGACCAUUCAAGUGCCUGACUUGUGGAAAGGGUUUCACUUCAAGAAAACUGCUUAUUGAGCAUGAGAGAAUCCACACCGGUGAAAAACCAUACAGCUGUGCUGUGUGUGGGAAGAGUUACACACAGAGUGGUGGCCUGAGUUAUCAUAUGCGAACACAUACGGGUGAACGUCCACAUUCAUGCUCAGAGUGUGGUAAGCGCUUUAUGACUAAAUCCAGCCUUGAAAGACACAAGGUAAUCCAUACAGGGCAGAAGCCAUUUACAUGUGAGACAUGUGGAGCUGCUUUCGGCCAUAAAGGAAACCUUGUGAGACACCAAGUGCUUCACACAGGGGAGAGACCAUACAAAUGUAAAUUGUGUGGGACAAGCUACCUUCAGUCCACCCUCUUAAAAGCUCAUAUGCAUCGUCAUGGGGCAACCAAACCAUUUAUGUGUGACCUAUGUGGGAAGACUUUUAUGUACAAUUUUCUAAUGAGACGACACCAUCUAAAAUGGCACACAGCUGAAGGAGAGAAGCAGAAAGAACGAGAGAGAAAAGAGAGAACGAGAGAGCGAACUGCCAAGAGAGCGGGAACCUCAACAAAGCCAUUCAGUUGCGACGUAUGUUUGAAUGGCUUUAGCUCCAUGCUAACUCUGAAAAACCAUCAACGAAUUCACACUGGACAAAAGCAAUACUCUUGUUCCAUUUGCAGAAAGACCUUUGCCUAUAAAAAUACUUUUGACUAUCAUAUGAGACUUCACAGUGGGGUGAAGCCCUACGCUUGUAAAUACUGUGAAAAGAAAUUUGUUCUUAAGCAAGCUCUAGAAGGACAUGAGCGAACCCAUACUGGUGAAAAGCCCUUCAAAUGCAGUUAUUGUGACAAGACUUUCUCAGUCGGCACCAAUCUGAAAAGGCAUGAGCGAGUCCACACGGGAGAGAAGCCAUUCAAAUGUGACGUCUGCGGGAGAGGUUUUGGCCAAGCCAACAACGUCAAAGCCCACAUGCAAGUCCACACUGGAGUUAGGCCUUAUUAUUGCAAGAGAUGUGGAAAGGGCUUUUCUGACAUAAGACACUACAAAAACCAUAGCUGUAAUGGUGUGGCAGCAACAUGUGAUCGGUCUCGUAAAUCUUCAGACCGUUCUUUCAGAAGUCGGAAAGGAGGUGAAGAUAGCAGUGCUUGCCAUAAUGCUGCUGUGAUGUCGACUCAGUGAUAUAAUCUCUAUCAUUCACAGUGGGGCAACUUCCUGCUUUCAGACAUCAGGAACAACAUGGAUGUAUUCAGUAGGGUUAAAAGUUCUGUGGUGAGUUUCAAGAAAGCCUUGUAGAAAAUGAGAUGCAGGCCGCCAUAAUGCUUGGAAAGUUUAUGGUCAAUGUUCAGUCUCAUAGAGGCAUUGUUUAUUUCUGACAGUAUGCCGAAUUAAUUCCGAUAUGUUAUUUUUUCUAUUGUGUAAAUCAUUAAAUGUAAUUUGUGUGAAAGUA